AUGCCGAGCUAUAUCUACAACACUUUACAGCCUGCGGAUGUUUGCUUUUUAGUCAAAAUUCAUAGAUAUCAACUAAUUUUCGCUGCGCCAUCACUGGUCCGAUCACUGGUCCUUGGAGACUACCCGUUAACACUUGAGGUACUGAAGGAUACUUUUAUCGGGAUCUGUCGCUCUGAAAUAGUGGAGCUCACUAUACAUGGUGCCAAUUUCACAGUCUUGCCACGAGAUUUCUUUAGUCCCUUGCGUAAUUGUUCUCCUCCCGUGCUUAAAUUCACCGGCAACAAUUUACAAUCUCUCUCUCAAUACGUGUUCUCAAACUUGACAAGACUCGUGGAACUUGAUCUAUCGCAAAACAAAAUCAUCACUGUUGAACCGGUAUUCUUUCAAGGCAUGCGGGAGCUUAAAGUUCUGAACUUGAAUUUCAAUCAAAUAAAAUAUAUAAACCCAAAUACUGACGAAUGGACACUGGACUUGAAUGAGUUGUACUUACGCAGCAAUUCUUUGACAGAAAUCUCAGAAUUCGCAUUUUUCGGUUUGCGAAAUCUAACGCUGUUAGAUCUGAGCUUCAACAAAGACCUUAUUGUCCUGAAUAUCACGUCGUCUUCGAAACUGACGGGAAAAACCAUCGCCUUGAACUUUUGCAACUUCUGCAAUAUGGACAUAUUUCAACCGGUAGCCCCGAACUUAACAACACUUUUCAUGAAUAACAUGAUCGCCAAAAUGAUCAUGAUGCCACCUGGAAUAACCUUCGAAGAUUCACAAGGCCUUGAAAAUUUGGAAAUCCGUAAUUCGGGGCUGUCGACAUUCAAUCUCUGGGAUGAAAUUCUGAAUGUUUCUCUUUUUGAUGGAUUGUCAAAUCUUAUUACUUUGGAUCUGAGCCAAAAUCAUUUUGACUUUUACUUUCCAGAUGAUUUUCCGGCUAGGAUCUUCAAACAACUCUCUGCUCUUCAGAACCUUAGUUUAGAAGCCUGUCAUAUUUCAUGCCUUCAUCCAUUAGCUUUUACGGGAUUGGAAUCGCUUCGGGUGCUAAAUUUAAGUGAAAACGUAAUUCAACAACUUAAUUUUGAUAUAUUCAAAAUGUUAGAUCAAGUGACUAUUAUCGAUCUUCAUGACAACCUUUUGGCAUACCUCGAAGAACAACUAUUCUCAAACAAUCCUAGACUGACUACUCUAUUGCUAUCGAACAAUAAAUUAACCCUUCUCAACCAAAAAACAUUUGAACCGAUAGAAUCUUCGCUUCUAUCUUUCGAUUUUUCAUUGAACCCUAUCGUUUGUAACUGCGAUCUACGAUGGUUCCGCGAUUGGAUGAGUGGGCAUAUUGACGUCAUUGACAAAAACAGAACAGUCUGUUCAUCGGCCUCUUUAGAGCCUCUUCGCGAGAAACCUUUGCUUGAUUUUGAUCCCAAUAAACUUUGUGGACUCAAUAUUGUUCUUGUGUGUUUGACUCCUCUCGCCGGCAUUUUCUUGGUUGUCAUCGUCGUAGUCCUUUAUCACAACCGAUGGCCGUUGAAGUACAAACUCUUUCUCUUGAAACUAAUGGCAAUUGGAUAUAAAGAGAUGCGAGACGCCCGGGACCACAACGACUAUGAGUUUGACUUGAAUAUCAUCUUCUACGAUGACGACGAAGAAUGGGUUCGUCAACAACUCCAACCAGCUCUGGAAGAACGGCUUCCACAGUUCCAGAGGAAUGUCUUUGGUGAUCAAGACCUAAUCCUUGGUAUGCACUAUCUGGACGCCGUCGACUACGUGGUGAGCCAUAGUUACAAAACCAUCAUUCUACUCAGCAGAGCCGCCGUACACGAUCGCUGGUUUAUGCUCAAAUUCCGCACCGCCAUGGACCAUGUGAGCGACACCGAGACCGAAUUCGUAGUCGUGGUCUUUCUCGAAGACAUCCCAGACGAGGAGAUACCAUUCUUGGCAAGGUUAUAUUUAAGUGACGGCAGACCCUACCAACAUUGGACCGAGGACGUGAGAGGACACGAUUUUUUCUGGAAUGUCCUGGUAAAAAAUCUCACCAUUAAUCUCAGGACCAAUGACUUGAUCCCCAACGAGUAG